AUUCGGAUUGGUACAAUUUGAUGUUACGCAAUAAAACAGCUGCGUAAUUUAUUUUAUUUUUUCUGUAGACAAGAAAAAAAAAUUUAUUAGUUCCACGAUUUAUUCCUUUAUUCAUUUAUAAGUCAUUUAUAAUUUAAACCAAAAUGGAAAUAUUUGACGCGUUAACCACAAGAAGGGGUGUAUGAAUGUGUAGAUAUGGUAUAUACGUAUAUACCGGUACCUAACCUCGCAGAGUUAGUAACAACAGCAUUUCAAAUCACUACAAGAAAAUGAUUGAAAAUCUCAGUAUUAGUAUUGUCAACAAUUUAAAGACUUUUAUAUAAUGAACCACUUUCAAACGAAUAAGAAAAAUGACAGAAGCUAUAAAAAAAGGGUCAAUAAUAAUCUCAGCAAAACCGUUUGCUUACACAUUGAGUUCCAAGCAAAGAGCUAAACAUUGUGAUAAUUGUUUGAAAAGUAACAAACUAUUCAAAUGUUCUGGCUGUCAGUUUGUAUAUUAUUGUGGACGUGAUUGUCAACGAGAAUCGUGGAGUAUACACAAAUCAGAAUGUGCAAAUCUGAAGAAGAUAUCUCCAAAGAUUAUUCCUGAUGCAGCUAGGCUUUUAGCACGGAUCAUUAUUAAAUUAAACAAAGGCGAAGGUGAUGAACGUGGAUAUUUUUCAGAAAGAGACUACCGAAAGUUUAAGGAUUUAAUGUCUCACUACACAGAUCUAAAACAAGAUACAAAGCGCAUGGAACAUUUUGUUUCAUUAUGUGGAGUUUUAUCUGAAUUUUUUGGAGAAACAUCUCUACCAAAUAUAGCAGAAUUAAUGGGAAUCUACGGUAGAAUGUGCAUUAAUUCUUUUAACAUAUUAGACCCCGAAAUGAACAGCAUAGGUGUUGGAAUAUAUCUAGCACCUUCAAUAUUAGAUCAUAGCUGUGCGCCUAAUGCAGUAGCUGUUUUUGAAGGUACCACAAUUUUUAUAAGGGCAUUGGAAGAUAUUCCACAAUUAGAUUGGUCACAGGUAAAAAUAUCAUAUAUUGAUGUUGCUAAUUCCACAAAAGAUAGACGUGCUGAAUUACAAAGUUCAUACUAUUUUUGGUGUAAUUGUCCAAAAUGUAUGGGUCCAGAACCAUUGAUUUAUGCUGCUGUAUGUCCGAAUCCACUUUGUAUAAAUCCUUGUUCGAUAGAUUCAUCUGUUUGUUCAAAGUGUGGUGAACAAAUUUCUGAUGAUUUUCGAACAAAAUUUCAAGAAGUUACUGACUUUACUGCUCACCAUGUGCUAACUUUGAAGACAAUGGCCUAUCUAGACAUCAGUAAAUUGUGUCUAAAUAAACAGGAAGGUAUAUUUCAUCCGACUAACAUACAAUAUGUUCGUACUAUGGAGGCAGCUUUGGAAGCUGCUGUUACUUUGAACAAUUGGGAAAUUGCUGAAGCUUAUGCAACGAAAUUAAUUCCUGGAUAUUUAUUGUAUUAUAGGGAAGUGGAUCCCUUAACGGGUCUUCUUUACCUCCUAUUGGGGAAAAUUCAAUUGCACCUUGAAAAACCAAAGAAAGCACUAAUUUCAUUGAGAAAGGCAGAAUCGAUCCUGAGCAUAACACAUGGCAAGAGACAUAUGCUGAUGACAGAGAAGUUCUUGCCACUCUUUCAGCAAGCUGUUAUGGAAAGUGGCAGACAAGACAAAUAAUUUCCAUCAUAAUGUAGUAUUAAUACAUACUUUGUAAUAAGCAAUAAAUUUAUUUUGUAUAUUUUAAA